CCCAGCUCCGCCUCUCCUAGGCACCCCCACCACCCGCUUCCCUGCAUCUCCCAACUCGCGACACCCCACUGCGAGGCUCAGUGUGGAACCCCCCGUUAUUUAGGAGGCGAGGGUUUUCUCGGCACUCAACUCAACAGCCCCAAAUCUGGACUCUGUGCUCCAGUAGCGGCUCACACACACACACGCACGCGCGCGCGCACGCACACAUACUCGCGAACACAUGCACGUACACGCACACGCAGAUUAUAACCCCGUACAGUCCUUCACCAACAGACUGUUGGGUGCAAGCACUGUUAGCGAGCAUCUGUUAAGACGCGGCACUGCGCAACGCGGAGGCGGUAGUGACUAGCACCACACACGCAUCUUACACAUAGACCCCCGUACGUCCGUAGGCGUACACAGUGGCCAGCGCGCAUCCUGCACACACACAGGCACGCGUGCUAUUGCAAGCGCUAUAUGUAGCAGUGGUGGUAGUUCUGGUGGUAGCAGUGGCGCAUUGGAACAUGCCGACCAUGGAAGGCACAGAGUUUGGAUUUUCUCUCCAGGGCCGUCGCGCCCCAGCCACGCGUGAAUGCUGCUUCCCCGAGGGUCUCUACGCGAAACUCACCGUUCCUGUGGCGGGGAGAACGUACGUUGAGGACAUGCUGCCCGGCUACCCGACUCUGCAGCAGCCAAGCUACGCGCCGAUUCCUGAGCCCAGCUGCAGCAACAGCGGCGGAGGAGGUGGAGGUAGCGGAGGUGCAGAGGACAAUUGCAAGCAGCAGCAGCAGCAACAACAACAGCAGCAGCAGCAAGGCAGCUGUGCUUACGGUUCUGGACUGCAUUGUGACAGGAGCCGGGAACAGAAGCCUGGGUUGUCCGUGUUGGACGACGGGAGCUCCCCGCUGAGUGCACUCCGCUACUGCAUGCCGGCUCUCAAGAUGGAGCACUACCUGAGCCUCAAGCAGGCGGCCGUGUCAUCCCUACGGGACCACGACUCGUCCGAACCUCCUCCUCCUCCUCCUCCUCAUCACCAUCACCACCACCAUCACCACCACCAACACCACAACCACCAAAACCAGCACCAUCAUCACCAUCAGCAGCAGCAGCAGCAGCACGGCAGCAGCAAGGGCGAGACGAGCCCCGAUUCGGUGGACAUCAAGGCCGGAGGUGGUGGAGACAUCGGCGGUGGAGGAGCAGGGGGAGGAGCAGGGGGAGGAGCAGGAGGAGGAGGGGGAGGGAAGGGCAAGAAGAGACGGAACCGCACCACCUUCACGAGCUUCCAGCUGGAGGAGCUGGAGAAGAUCUUCCAGAAGACGCACUACCCCGACGUGUACGCGCGGGAGCAGCUCGCCCUGCGCACGGAGCUCACCGAGGCGCGAGUGCAGGUGUGGUUCCAGAACAGGCGAGCCAAGUGGCGCAAGCGGGAGAGGUUCGGGCAGAUGCAGCAGGUGAGGAGCCACCUGGCGGCCGCCUGCGCCUUGCCACUGCUUCCCCAGCCCGACACCUACCCACAGCUGCAGAACGCGUCCUGGGUGGGCGGCAGCAGCGCCGGCGGCUCGCCGGUCUCCAGCUGCAUGAUGUCCCCGCACGACGCCCUCCCGCCGUCCUGCAUGUCGCGCCACGCGCACGCCCACGCCCACGCCUUCGUGGGCAUGCCCUCGCCGGGACCGUGCCUCUCCCCGCCGGGAAUCGGCAGCCUCUUCAACGGCGUGGGACUCGGCGCGGGCGGAGGAGGAGGGACGGCUCCGUCCGGGGCGUCGGGCGGCGGAGGGGGGAUCUCGAACGCGGCCGCGGCCGCCGCGGCCGCCGCCGCCGCGGCCGCCGCGGCCGCUGCCGCCGGGGUCAACGGCCACGAGUUCACGCUGAGCGUGGAGUGCGAGCGCAAGAGCACCAGCAUCGCCGCGCUGCGCAUGAAGGCAAAAGAGCACAGCGCCUCCAUCUCCUGGGCCACGUAACCGCGAUGGGUCGCGCAGCAGCAGCAGCAGCAAACUGCAGUUACAGCUGCAGCCAACAUUCGUUGGGAGGUCAUGUGACGAAGUGACACCCGCCACCCCCUCCAAACCCACCCCGCCCCUUACCGCCUCCCAACCCACCCUACUUCGCCCCCCUUUGAAACCACCAUCAGUGCCGCCACUCAGCUGCGAUCGAUGCAGCCGCAACUCAACUUUGCCCUGGGUCACAGAGCUCUGGCAUGGUCGGUAGUGGAGUUCAGAGCCAGCGGGUGCCUUCAUGCAAUGAUCAUUUGAUUGUUUUCAUGUAGAAUGAGUUCCUGCCGCAGUACUGACUCUUUUCAAUGCCCUGCGCUCGGGUUUAUGGCAGAGUCGUGGUGUUAAAUGAAGGUCAAAGUGUCCUCUUGCUGAAAUGAACGUGGGGCAUCGCUCACUGCCAUUGGCAGCCCUGACCUAAUGGUGUCAAUUCCAUAAUCUUAUGGCAAGGUUUUUUACGUCGAGAGGAUGACCGCUGUUCCCACCAGCAUUUUAUUGACCCUGGGGGGGAUGAUAAUAACGGGCAAAAAUCGACCAACCAAAACACGGAUUUGAACUUCCGACUGUACAACCUUCUGACCGUACGUCACGUGCUCUAAUCAUAACGCCACUCCGCCAAAUAAUAAUAAUACAAAUAAGACUUAAAUCAGAUUAUCUAUUUCAGGAAGGUCACUCUUGAGAUGUUUGACAUAUUUCGAAGUGGUCUUUUAUUGUUUAUACCUUCGGACCAUGCUCAGAAAAAUGAGAUAAAUCCAGCAUCCUCUUUUGCUUCGAGUCCUGUACCAUCAUACUCAAGGUCAAGAGGUCAUCAAGGCCAAUACAGUUGAUGCCGUCAUACCUUCCCCCAGUUUAAAAAAGUAAACUUUUUUUAUUUUACUCGUUAAUGCCCACUGAGUUAUACAGCUCUUUUUCAGGAGUGACCUGGCCACAAAUGAUAUCUCAACGAAGUGGCUUAUCAUGUGGAAUCGCAUAGCACCCACAUACUAUACACGGAGUAAAAUCCACGCGACCACGGGGUCGGGAUUGAACCCACGAACCCCCUGCCUACCAGGCGAGUGGGAUAACAUGUCGCCACCACGGCGCCCAGUUUCACGUCCUCCCCUCGGUGGCUGAUUUCCUGGGAGCUGUCGACGCUGCCGGUCUCGGUCGCCCAUCGUCUUCCUCCAGCUCACGCCCCCCCCAACCCCCUCCCCCCACCCCGCGACUUCAUUGCAGCCUCCUCCUGCUGCUCCGUUUGCUGUAACGUGGACGUCAAAGACCCAGUGAUACCCGCUUGCAAUGAGAGCUAGCGAUUGCGUGCCAAUGUAGUGCGGAAUCCAGAUCCCAAAUUUGCAACAUCACUUGCUGUUUGUAUGCGAAAAUAAAUAAAUAAAUAAGCAUGGACUUGUAGAUUUGCUUUGCAAGCAAAAUACGCAGUGACUCUCAAAAUGAUCUCAAGUGUUUAGAUAAUGGACUAUGAGCUGAUAUUUACCCAAGUUACUACAUACAAAAAAAUCAAAUAUCAGAUGUGUGGCCGUAUAGAUGAUAUUUGUUAUAAAUGGUGUGCCCAAGUGGUCCUACGGUUCGAUCGCUUGACCCAACAGACGUAAGUUUGCAAGUUCAAAUCCCCAUUGGUCGUCAACUCUGCCCAUCAUCCCUUCCAGGGUCUAUUAAAGUGAGUCACCACUUUGUGAGGAAUGCAUCUGCGACUGUCGUAGGGAUAGGAAUGGCCCCUACCAUGAAAGUGUGGAAUUGUUCAGCACUGUCUGAGCGACAGCUAACGAGCCUGGGAGCGCUUCUCCGUCGCUCAUCCAAACAGGAAGUAGGCACUUUGACUUUUCAAAGAGAAAAUGCGUGGCAACAGCUUUAACGGACGGACUUGCCAACUCGACAAUGGCAUUCGAAUGCAUAGUGCGAGCUACGUACGUGCACACGCACACACGCGCGCAGAACUCAAGCAAGGCAGCCGUACAGGUGGCAAGUCUCUCUUUGAGUAAUGAAGCACCUGGCUCUCUGAAGAAAUGCUCCUCGGGCGGUAGACACUUGUGGCUGUUGCUGCUGCUGCUGCAGCAGCCAGAAGGACAAUGUUGGGGCUGCAGGGGGCAAAGAGUGGAGAUGGAAAAAAACGAUCCAGACACUGACAAAAAGAAUCUACGACUUCAAUCUGACAUUUUGAGAAGUCCAAGUCCCAUGGUUUGGGGAAUUAGACGAAAAAAUAUUUAGUGAUGUGAUGUGUUUGCAUUUGGGAGCGGUGGAAGGUUUAAGUUUAAAGGUUUCCGUUUUAUUUUUAGAUUCUUUUGCUUGGCAAGGAUGUGGGUUUUUUUCUUGCUCUCGUACUAACACAGUGUUGGUGGCGUAUGUCCAGUAUAUAUAAAAAAAAUUCCGAAGUUAAA